AAUAACACUUUGUAGGACUUCCAUGGCCAAACAGGUAUUAGUUACCGUAGGAACCACCAGCUUCGAUGAACUUAUCGCAGCAGUGGAUACUGACAUAGUACAACACGAAUUGCAAAAGUUAGGCUACACACAUAUAUGCUAUCAGACAGGUAGAUCGUUGUACAAAGUUAAAUCCGCUAUUCUUAAGACGUCAGUGCUGCAGUUUGAUCAUGAUUUUGAUAAAUUAAUCAACCAAUCGGAGCUUAUAAUAUCGCAUAUGGGUGCCGGAACCGUGAUUGAUGUAUUCAACGCAAAGAAGAAGGCUAUAUUUAUACCUAACCAUAAUGUGGCUGGAAAUCAUCAAAUGGAACUAUACAACGUCAUGGAUGAGUGUUAUAAAGCUAGGUUGGAUAAUCUAAUUUCAAAAAUAAAACAUGCCACUGAAACUACGGGGCCAUUCUUCCACCUACUUCUGCCACCAACGAGGCUAAAGGAAGCCAUUGAAAAUACAUUAUCGCAAUAGAAACGCAAGUAUAACCCUUUAUAUA